AUGAUUCCAUAUCAGAAGCUUUUGAAAGGAGAAGCAACAAGUAUUCAAGCUGAAGAGGGAGUACCAAAGAAAAGACCAAGGAAUGAAAAUGAAAUGUUGAACCAGGAUAUGCAAGUGGAUGAAGAGAUAACUGCUACAAGGGACCUGCACACCAGGCCUGCCAGAAAAAAUGAGUCUAGUCAGUUGGAACUGUCGGGGAUUAGGGAGCCCGAGUACAUUGAUAGAGAAAGUAGAGGAGGUGGGGUUGCUAUCCUUUGGAAAAAGUCUUUGAAGUGUCAAAUUAUGAAUUACUCAUUGAAUCAUAUUGAUAUUGAAGUGAAUGACGAUUUGAGAGGUAACUGGAGGAUAACCGGUUUUUACGGUUUUCCUGAAGGAGGUAGGAGAAGAGACUCUUGGAAUUUCCUGCGCCAUUUAUCACAGAUAUCUCAUCUACCUUGGUGCAUAAUUGGCGACUUCAAUGACAUUCUUUCAUCGGAUGAAAAGCGAGGAUGUAAUGAACGUCCUGAUUGGUUAAUUCAUGGUUUUCAAGAAGCUGUUUUAGAUGCAGGAUUAAUUGACAUAGAGCUGCAAGGCUAUCAGUUUACUUGGUUCAAAAGCCUCGGAACUAACAGAGCAAUUGAGGAAAAGCUGGAUAGAGCAUUGGCAAACGUUGAAUGGUGCAAUAUGUUUGUUCAUGCCAAGCUAGAGUGCCUUACAACGACCGCAUCAGAUCACUAUCCGUUAUUAUUAAGCUGGGAACAAAGAAUUCUUCAAAGCAAACCUCCUAAACAAUUCAAGUUUGAAAAUUCUUGGCGCAAAUUGGAGACGGCAAGACACCAAGUUGAUGAAACCAAUAUUCACCAUUUCAAUGAGAUACGCAAAAAGCUGGAUUUGUUACUUAUUAAGGAUGAUAUUUUCUGGAGACAAAGAGCAAAAACAUUUUGGUAUCGAGAUGGUGAUCUCAAUACUCGGUAUUUUCAUGCAACUGCUUCUGCCCGGAAGAAAAAAAACCAAAUUGUGCAAUUAGAGGACUGCCAUGGUAACAUUUGCAAUUCUACCGAAGGCCUGAAAGCUAUAGCAAAAGAUUAUUUCAUAGAUAUCUUCCAGCAGCAACAAGGAGAACGCAUGUCUGUUCUUAAUGCAGUCAGUCCAAGCAUUUCAGAGGACGAUAACAAUGAUCUCACUGCACCUUUCACUAUUGCUGAGUUUAAGGAUGCCGUCUUUUCAAUGGAAGCAGAUAAAUGCCCCGGUCCGGAUGGAUUUAAUCCCGGAUUUUACCAACAUUUCUGGGAUCUUUGCGGCAACGAUAUAUUUACCGCUGGAUGCUCAUGGUUAGAUUGUGGCGCAUUCCCUCCAAAUAUCAACUCUACUAACAUCGCUCUUAUCCCAAAAGGUGAGUCCCAAAAGUCAAUGAAGGACUGGAGACCUAUCUCGUUGUGCAAUGUCCUUUAUAAAAUUGUUGCAAAAGUCCUUUCAAAUAGAUUGAAGCCGAUUCUUGAGAAAUGCAUAUCGGAUAAUCAAUCUGCUUUCGUCCCCGGACGAUCAAUCCUCGACAACGCAAUGGCUGCCAUUGAGAUCAUUCACUACAUGAAGUCCAAAACUAGAGGCAAAAAAGGUGCAGCGGCGCUUACACUGGAUAUUAGCAAGGCUUACGAUUGCAUCAACUGGGACUUCUUGAAAGACAUGAUGGCAAAGAUGGGUUUCUCUCAAAAAUGGAUUGGAUGGAUUAUGUUAUGUGUUGAAACGGUAGACUACUCAAUCAUUGUUAAUGGCCACAUGGUGGGGCCUGUUAUACCUGGCAGAGGGUUACGGCAAGGCGACCCGUUAUCGCCGUAUCUGUUCAUUAUUUGCGCAGAAGGGUUGUCAGCGCUUAUCCGACAAGCUGAGAAUAGAGGGGAUUUACACGCAACUAUCAAUGAGGCAACUGUUUUAAAGAAUAUUCUCUCUGUUUAUGAAGCAGCAUCUGGACAAGCCAUCAACCUCCAGAAGUCUGAAUUCUAUUGCAGUAGAAAUGUCCUCGCUGAAGUGCGUGAAGCUAUUGCUAAUCAACUCGGAGUGACUCAAGUGCUUGGUACUGGUAAGUAUCUUGGUUUACCUUCCAUGAUUGGUAGGAGUAAAAAAUCAACUUUCAAAUUUAUCAAGGAUAGAAUUUGGAGGAAGAUAAAUUCUUGGAGUAGUCGACACCUCUCUCAAGCAGGCAGGGAAAUUAUGAUUAAAUCUAUUUUACAAUCCAUUCCGACUUAUGUGAUGAGCAUCUUUCUUCUUCCAAGUACUCUUAUUGAUGAAAUAGAAAAAAUGCUCAACUCGUUUUGGUGGGGUCAUAGUGGUAACAAUGGCCGCGGAUUACACUGGCUCUCUUGGGAACGCCUCUCGGUAAGCAAAGAUUAUGGAGGUAUGGGCUUCAAAAACCUUCAAGCAUUCAACAUUGCCAUGCUAGGUAAACAAGCCUGGAAUUUAGUCACAAAACCAAGCAGUUUAAUCACUAAACUUCUCAAAGCUAGAUACUUCCCUAAAUGUGAUUUUUUUGACUCAAGCAUUGGCCAUAAUCCAAGUUAUGUUUGGAGGAGUAUAUGGAGUUCUAAGUCAGUUGUCCAAGGAGGAUGUAAGUGGAGCAUUGGUACCGGAGAGAACAUAAGUAUUUGGGAGCAAAAUUGGCUCAAGGAAGGCAUGUCAAUUCCCAUACAUUCUGAUAUGCAGCAUGUUGGUGAUAUUACAACAGUAAAAGAUCUCAUGUUGCCAUACUCAAAAUCAUGGGACUUUGCCAAAAUAUGUGACAUAUUUGAUAGUAGUAUUGUCAGGAAAAUUAUGCAGACCCCUCUCUUUGCUUCAGUGUGUGACGACAAAUUAGUGUGGAAGAUGGAACAAGAUGACAAUUACUCCGUACGCAGCGCUUACAAAUAUUGUGUUAACAUUAGAGGCAGUCACGACAGAUACGGCGUUGCUGGCUUUUGGAAUCAGAUCUGGCGCGCGAAAAUUCCACCAAAAGUGAAGAACCUUCUUUGGCGUAUAGGUCGGAACGUAUUACCAACGCGCAAGAGACUAAAUAGCCGCGGUGUACAAUGUCCGGUGCAAUGUGCUAUUUGUAACGACGCAGAAGAAGACAUCUUGCAUGUGCUGUUUAUGUGUAUGACAAGUAGGCGUUGUUGGCAGCGAGCAGGGCUAUGGAAUCAUGUAAAUGCAGGUCUGAAUACUAAUAAUAAUAUUGAUGAUAAUCUGUUCUCAAUUUUGCACAGGCUAGACAAAGAUCAACAAGAAUUCUUUAGUGUGAUGGUGUGGAGUAUAUGGAAGCGCAGAAAUAAUCAAGUAUGGGAUAAUAUCACCGACUCCGACCAAACUGUGGUAGAACGAGCUAGACAUUUAAUAACAAGCUGGCGCGAUGCACAACAGAUCCGCUCUCUAACCAACACUGUUCAGACAGUCCCGCAGAAGAUGAUUUGGGUCAAGCCAAGUCAUGGAAGGUACAAGUGCAAUGUAGAUGCUUCUUUUUCCCUUACUCAUAACAAAGUGGGUAUUGGUAUGUGUAUGAGGGAUGACCAUGGAAGGUUUGUGGCUGCCAGAACACAAUGGGUAGAGCCUAUUCUUGAUGUGGAGCAUGGAGAAGCCAUUGGUUUGUUACAGGCUUUAAAAUGGGCGGUGGACCUACAAUUACACGACAUAGACUUUGAGAUGGAUUGCAAACGGGUAGUAGAUAGUCUUUAUAGCAAAAGAACCUAUUUUUCUGAUCUUGGAGCUAUCUUAGGUGAUUGUAGAACUAUUUUAGCUUCUACUCUUGUGAACUCUCAUGUUAAGUUCAUCCGGAGACAAGCAAAUGAAGUUGCUCAUAGGCUUGCCGGGGCGGCUACAUCGUUAGCUAGUUUCCAUAAUUUUAUCGAUAUUCCUACAUGUAUUUACGAUAUUAUUAUGAAUGAAAUGAGAUAA